CCCGAGUCCCAGCAAGGAGCAGAUCCUUCCUAAGUCUGGGCCCUGCUUGAGAGCACCGAAUCUCAUGGUGUCCUACCUGCUUCCACCUGCGACUAGCAGAAGAGCUAUGAGCGAAGCCAAGCAAAUGCCUGUACCGCACAGCCAAAUGCCCUGCCAUGCAGAAUCAGCGAUGGAGCCACGAGAGGCUCCCAGAGGGCUCACAGUCAAGUGUCUCAGCUCUUUCCGCGGCAAGAUCAGUGCAGGCAGCUGGAGGAUUCCACAAGAUGCAGACUUCCAGGCAAGCCUCAGGACAGACUCCAGCAGCAACAAAAACCAGGAGCCAGAAGAGAAAAAAAUAGCAUUGGAGCUCCUGCAAACAGAGCAGGCCUAUGUCAGCCGCCUUCAUCUUCUGGAUCAGGUGUUUUUCUCAGAGCUGCUGAAGGAAGCCAGGAGUGGAAGAACAUUCCCAGAAGAGGUGGUGAAAAUGAUAUUCUCCAACAUCUCAUCCAUUUACCAGUUUCAUGCUCAGUUUUUCUUGCCAGAGCUGCAGCAACGUAUGGAGAACUGGGAUUCCAAUCCCAGGAUUGGGGACAUCAUCCAGAAGGUAGCCCCUUUCCUGAAGAUGUAUAGCGAAUACGUGAAGAACUUUGACAAGGCAGUCGAGCUGAUCACCACGUGGUCCGAAAAGUCCUUGCCAUUCCAGGAACUCAUCUCAAGCAUUCAGAGACGGGAGAUCUCAGCCAACUUAACCUUGCAGCAUCAUAUGCUGGAGCCAGUACAGAGAAUUCCUAGAUAUGAACUCCUUCUGAAGGAUUACAUACGAAAGCUACCUCCAGAGGCACUGGACAGGGAGGAUGCAGAGAAAGCCCUGGAAAUGAUUUUCACUGCAGCCAAACACUCCAAUGCUGCCAUUGCAGAAAUGGAACGACUCCAGAACCUUUGGGAGGUGUAUCACAGGCUGGGGCUUGAAGACGACAUCGUGGACCCUUCCAACGAGCUGAUAAAAGAGGGACCCAUUCAGAAAAUCUCAUUCCGGCACAACAACACAACAGAGAAAUACCUGUUCUUGUUCAAUAACUUGCUGCUGUACUGUGUGCCAAAAGUCAUCCAAGUGGGCGCAGCGUUUCAGGUGCACAGCCGGAUUGAUGUGGAGGGCAUGAAGGUUCGGGAGCUGAAUGAUGUGCAGUUUCCUUAUGCUUUCCUUGUAUCAGGGAAACAACGAACUCUAGAAUUGCAAACCAGGUCCCAGGAAGAGAUGAAUGAUUGGAUAAAGGCCUUUGAGUCUGCCAUUGACAAGAAGGAGAAAAGCAGUGGGACCUUCAAGGUGGCAAUCCAAGGGCCGGAAGCCGAGAUGCAAGAUUUAACUCAUUGCCAGUUUGAUGAGCUGGGCAAGCGGGCUCCUCAGUGGAUCAGGGACAAGCUGGUGACCAUGUGCAUGCGUUGCAAGGGCCCGUUCAAUGCGAUCACACGCAGAAGGCACCACUGCCGGGCCUGCGGCUAUGUGGUGUGUGGCCGGUGCUCCGAGUACAAGGCCGAAUUGCAAUACGACAAGAGUGGGCCCAAACGCGUCUGCGUGGAGUGCUACAUCUUCCUGACGGGGCAUUUGUUGCCCGACGAGCGGCAAGCAAGGCAUAAAGGCAUCCUGGAGAAAGAGUCUGCAGAAAUAUCGGGGCAGAGCUUGAUGUGCAGUUUCCUGCAGCUGUUGGAUAAGAACGGAAAGGGGAGCAUGCGUGGCUGGUUUGUGAUCCCACGAGAUGACCCUCUUGUGCUGUACAUUUACGCUGCACCCCAGGACGUCAAGGCUCACACUUCCAUCCCCCUGCUGGGCUACCAAGUCAAAGAGAUGCCCCAGAGCGACACCCGUCACAUCUUCCAACUGGUGCAGUCCAAGCAGGUCUAUACGUUGGUGGCAGAGACGGAGGAGCUGAAGCAGCGGUGGAUGAAGGCCAUUACACACUCGGCUCGUGGGGAAGAGGAGGAAGACUCGUUUGAUGAGCUGGAAUGACUGGAGCCUUGCUGAGAGGCUGCUGCAUAUCUUGAGCCGCCAUUUCAACAUCUGCAAAAUGAAAACAGUAUUUGGAUUCUUUUGAAAACUAUUUUUUCAGCUGUAACUUUCCAACCAGUUUUGUAAGUCACAGUAUUUCUGCCUAGCUCAGAUUUCCCUAGUUUGCUUAUGAGCCUGUCACGUGGAAUUGUGUCAAAAGCAUCACUCAAGCCACACACAGUACAUUGUUAGAACUGGAGACUUGCCAACGUUUGCAGAUGUGUCUUCCCAUUCACAUGCUCACCCACACACCUAAACAUUGCUGCAAACGGGAUUUCCUAUAUGCACCUAGACUCCCACUAAUUCCCUAUAACCUGGCCAGCAAAACUAACAUCUUCCUAAGGAUGCUGCCCCUGUAACUCUUUAUGCUGCAGAAUCUAGAUGCUCCUUUCCAUCCCCACCACAAAAAGAACAGCAGUCUCACCUGCAGAUGCACUAAGAAAGCUUCCAUUAGGAUGAUGGGGGAAUGGGGACAGUGGGAGAAGCUUAGACUCCCUCGACUUGUGUCUACCAGCAAAUGUAGGUGAGUUCUUUGGCCCAUAAGAACAGAAUGGCAUAAGAAGAGCCCUGUCUUGUCCAAAACUCAUCUAGCCCAGCAUCCUGUUCUCACAGUGACCAACCAGUCUCCCCCUCCUGCUGCAACCUGCUCCCCUCCAGUCUCCCAAAACACACACAGAAUUGAAGAGGGCGGAGCAAUGAG